AAGGCAGCAAAAUAGUUCAUUUAAGUUCAUUUUCAUCAUCAUCCAAACAGAAAAGUCGACCGUGAAAGAGAUAAUAAACUAUCUGCUAAAGACUCUGUAAUAUUAUUGAAACAUGUCCGACGUGAAGAUAAAUGUUGAGUAUUGCGGUUCCUGCGGACAUAGAAAGCAAUUUUUAGAGAUGGCAGAUGCAAUUCGUAAGGAUGUUCCCACUGCGGAGGUGUCUGGAAGCGAAGGAAGACAAGCUUCGUUCGAAGUCCAGGUGAACGGCGAGCUGGUAUACUCCAAACUUCAGACCAUGGCUUUUCCCGACUAUGAGGCUGUCGCUGAACUCGCGAAGGAAGUUUCCCAGGGAGAACCAGUACGGAAAAUCAAAAAGGAGCAACCCAUAGACUGUGCCAUAUCUUAAAAUAGCAAUAUCAGCGAAGUCAAAAGUGAGAGAGAGAGAAAGAGAGAGAGAAAGGAUCGUGCAAAAAAUGUGUGAGUUUUAUUACUUAUAAGUCCUUAUUGUUAUUUAUAUAUAUAAACAUCUUAGAAUAUUAUUACUGUAUAAAGUUUCUGUCCUAUUUUAAUUUAAUCUAACGUCAAUCGUGGGUGUUGCAUUGAUAAGUAACCGGGUCACCGAUUCUUAUCACUUCGUUUUCACCACACGCUCUACUCAAGUAAAUACCAAAUCUCAUUUUUCCAUGAAAUUCUUCCGCCAAUGUUCUCAACGGUUCCACAGUUUUUUUCCCUGUGUUUUGAUCGAUACAGAUCAUCUGGCACCUCGUGCACUGGCCGUCGACCUGUUCACCAAUUGUUGGUUACUCAAGUGCAUGAGAUUAUUAUUUGAUUUACCAGGAAUCUGAAUUCAUCCUCACCUGGAAUAUCGUCUUUCCGAUUCUUAUGCUCGUCCAUUUCAUCUCUUCGAAAGGUUCGCAGCCAUCGACGACUAUGUUGCCUCGGAAUCUGUCCAAAAUCGUGUCCUUAUCGCACUCGGAAUCUGGGGAAAUUUUCUCCGCCAGCCAUCGUAUGCUCUCUUGGUUUAUUAACAGGUACUGAGCUUGACUCGAGAAAGAUAUUUCCGGUCCAUUUUUCACUGAAACGUUGCAUAAUUUAAAGCUUACCGAUAUAAUUUACAUAUUAUUUUUUUUUCUUCUCCGUUCAUCUUUGUACCUUUCGCCUCACAGUCUUGUUUGACUAGUCUAAGCCCGGGACGACCCAAAGUUAAACUUAGCCAUUCGGAAACGUCAGGUCCACAGUCUAUUCCUUCCACUCUAUGACCGCAUAUUUUACUUCGACAAACAGCCCCUGCAGGCCUUUGUUCGUUCGAUGCAAUCUUCAAAGGGACUUUUAUCGAAGGCAUGCC